GUUAGGGGGAGGAAAACUGGGUGUUGCCGUUUUUUUACGUCGACUGAAUCCAAGCAGCAACUCACACGGAGAUUGAGUUCAGUCAGCGCGAGCACUGCAUAACGGCUGCUUCAUCGAGACACUUCUUCGUUAACCGACUUUAAAAACAUCCUCCAGAAACCGACACCAUGGGCGUGGAAGGCUGCACGAAAUGCAUCAAAUACAUGCUCUUCUUCUUCAAUUUCAUCUUCUGGCUGGCUGGUUGUGUAAUCUUGGGGGUUUCGCUCUGGCUUCGUCAUGACAAUAAAACAAGCAGUCUUCUGGAACUGAAGUAUGAGGACACAGAAGCACCCAGCACCUUCUACAUCAGUAUCUACAUCUUGAUUGCUGUCGGUGCUGUGAUGAUGUUUGUUGGAUUCCUUGGUUGCUAUGGAGCCAUACAGGAAUCCCAGUGUCUUCUCGGAACAUUCUUUGCCUGCCUGGUCAUUCUGUUUGCCUGUGAGGUUGCUGCUGGAAUCUGGGGAUUCAUGCACAAAGACAAGAUCUCCAAAGAGCUGAUCACUUUCUAUGACUCUGUGUAUGACAGAGGCAUUUUACUUACAGAUAAUGAGCAAAGGCAGGCUGCCGCUGCUGUCUUGAAGAUCUUUCAUGAGACUCUUAACUGCUGUGGCAAAGGAAGCAUUAUUUCAGGUGCUACAAUGUGGCUUUCAGACACCUGUCCUCAAGACAAAAAAACUUCUGACGUAAUAAGCCUCCUCAAACUGUCACACCAAGAUCAAAGAGCUUUUCUCUGAGAAGAUCUAUUUGAUUGGCAUCGCUGCCUUGGUUGUUGCUAUUAUCAUGAUCUUCGAGAUGAUCUUCAGCAUGGUGCUUUGCUGUGGCAUCAGGAACAGCCCUGUUUACUGAAACAGAAGGACAAGAUAUUACCUUUAAAACAUCAGCCAAAAAAAUAUUUUGUUUUAUAUCUACCAUCUCUUAUUUUGUUUUGUAUCUACCAUUGUUUCCUAAUGUAGUCACCCUGUCCAGUUCCUGAGGUCUCAGAACAAUUUUUGUGCAUUUUUUUGUUCAAAUGUUGCAGUGGAACCACCAACAACUAGUCUGCUAUUGUUUACGCUGUAGUUGGAAAAGACUAGUUGUGAUCUGUAGCUAUAGCAGUAGACUUACAAACACAGUACAUUAUCACAUGAAGAAUUGAUACAUUUAUUUGCUUGUAGUUUUUUUGUGUUAACAUUGGAAGUACUGCUAUUGCUAUCGGUUAAUAUCAUUCUUUACGUAUGUACAUGUAUAAACUGUAUAUAUUUGCAGCCCUGUAUGGCUCUUAAGCAUGAAUCUUGUAUUGGACACUCCUGUCCAUCUUCCUCUCUGAGACUGCUGUUUGUAUAUUCACGUUUCUUCCUGAGAAACCACUAAAUAAACAGUGUUAGCUAGGUGAGCGAG